GCUUCUCCCAAUCCGACGACGCAUGGCGGAGGGGGCGGCGGUGGCGGCGGACGACGAAUCCAAAGACGAGGAAAGCACUCCUCCGUCGCCGUCAGAUCAUUCAAAGCGUCACCGGCAGAGGGAGGAGGAGGGCAGGCGGCGCGGGGGGCCCCGCUCCGGCCACUGCCUCGUCGUCUCCUCCCUCCUCUUCGUCAUCCUCGUGCUCGUUUCCGUCCUCUUCUCUCGAUCUCGACCCGAUCUCUGCGUUUCGCCUUACGAGCCCCUCCAUCGGACGAGCUUCUUGAGGAGGGAUCUCGAUGGACUCGCUUCGGAUUUCGGAUCGCUCGGCGUGCCGUGGUGCAGAUCGAAACACGGAAAGACAGUCGAGUGGACGUCAAAGGAUUUGCUUAAAGGCUUGGAAGAGUUUGUUCCAAUCUAUGAGACCCGUCCUAUAAAGAACAAUAUGUAUGGGAUGGGUUUUGAUCACAGUUUUGGUCUGUGGUUCAUGAUGCGAUGGCUCAAACCGGAGUUGAUGAUAGAGAGUGGGGCUUUCAAGGGGCAUUCUACUUGGGUCCUGAGGCAGGCCAUGCCAGAGACGAGGAUCAUAUCGAUCACACCCCGCCAUCCAGAGAAGUAUCUUAAGAAGGGACCUGCCUAUGUUGAUGGGAACUGCACUUACUUUGCUGGCAAGGAUUUUGUGGACUUUGGGAGCAUGGAUUGGAAAAGUGUUUUGAAGAAACAUGGGAUUUCUGAUCUCAGUAGGGUGGUUAUAUUCUUUGAUGAUCACCAGAAUGAAUUGAAGAGAUUGAAACAAGCAUUAAAAGCUGGGUUCCAACAUCUCAUUUUUGAGGACAACUAUGACACUGGUACUGGAGAUCAUUAUUCUUUGAGGCAGAUUUGCGAUCAAUUUUACAUUAGAGGUGGUGGUCACAGCUGCUUCAGAGACAGUGAUGAAGCUAGAAUAAGGAUGAAAAGGGAAAAGUUCUACGAAAAAGCUGUGGAUAUAGAAGACCUAUGCGGUAAAGGGGAAUCAUGGUGGGGUGUUCGAGGAUACAUGCGAGAUGAUUUUAACCACAGCAAUAAACCAAUCUCAUAUUCGGAACAUUUUCAAAACAGCAGGUUUGUGGAAUCGGUAUUAGAUGUAUAUUGGGAGCUCCCACCAGUGGCUGGUCCCUCUCUCACACACCAAACAAGAUACGACCCUGCACGUGCACCUGAUCCCAUUAUUGAAGAUGGAAGGUAUGGACUAUUUCAGAGGCUAGGCCUCACAAAGUUUGAGACAUCAGUAUUCAAUGGGUACACACAGAUGGUAUAUCUUAAAAUAUCUUCAUAAAACUAGAAUGCAUUUGAAUGCAUCUUUAAUUUUGUUUUCCUUGUAUGCAGCACAUGAGGUCUAGAAAUCUAUUUGACUUGUUAACAUGGUUAGUUGUUUUCAUACCUUGUCAACUUCAAACUGUGUACAUACUUAAUGUCCAUGAUAUCACUAGAUCCAUAUGUGCAAAAUGGUCUUGUUUUUUCCUUA